AUGCCGAUGUUGCAACCAGAUCUCCCGACGAGCGAUGCUCAAGAAACUGUGAUUCCAGGCGACACUCCUGCACAGACAGGUCCUACGAUGGGCGAGCAUUGCACUUCCGACAGGCCUACCCCUGCCGGUCUAGCUCCAAAGGGAGAACUGAGGAAACUUGGUGGAGUGGAUGUCUACCUUGCAAAGCCGGAAGCAUACCCGACAAAUCCAUCGAAACUCCUUCUCCUUCUUUCGAGCGGCACGGGAAUAAAGUCGACGAACAAUCAGAUUCAAGCGGACAAGUUUGCCGAUGAAGGUUUUGUCGUCGUGAUGCCUGAUCUUUUUGAAGGCAACCCUGCGCCAAACUCAUCUCCUAUUUCCGAAGCUGAAGCGCAAGAGACUUCAUUCCUUGAUAGACUCAAACUCAAAGCUGUCGAGAUCGCAAUGGACGAUGAGUUGACGAGUGCUAGCGAGCGUGGUCAUGCGCAGACAGGUUGGACUGGCGCACAGAAACCUGCUGACGAGGAAGCGGGUGAAGGGAUAAGCCCGCCAAAGAAGGGCCCGUAUAUCAAAGCAGGUGCGCUGGCGCAUGCAACUCUGGUAUCAUCAGAAGAUUUUCAGGGAUUGAAAGUCCCUGUGAGCUUGGUCUGCGUGGAAAGCGACCCUCUAUUUCCCGACGAAGUCCGUGAAACCGGGGAAAACAUAAUGUCCACGGAGAAUGUGGAGCAUGAAGUCCAAGUCUAUCCUGGUGUUCCGCAUGGCUUCGCCGUCAUUGGAGACUAUGAUGACGCCCACAUAAAGGACGCACAAAUAACGGCUUUCGAGCAGAUUUUAAGAUGGCUCAAGGAGCAUUAA